AUGGCGGCAGUCUCUCCCCAUAUCACUAGGGAAGUUGCUUUAAGGUCUGGUCUAUUCGGACUACUAAGCGAUGCGCCUGUUCAGAUGGUUAAUGUUGAGGAUGAGGUUCGGUUGAGGGAAUUCCAAGCACUAUACCGGGAACACGCAUUAGAAAAGGAACCGGUCGUGCAAACGCUUUUCGAAACAUUUACUAGUUCUCUGUUCAGAAACGCUGUGAAGAAUUGGAAAAGAAAAGCUGAAUGGACUAUCCUCGCGUACAUGUGGCAGUCAGCUCGAGACAGACAUCUCGAUAUUCUUGGGACGAGCCCGAGCUCCGCUUGGCUGCCUUACCUGCCGGAGCAAGAGUACAUUUGUAUGGACCAGUAUUUGCCCAAUGAUCAGCACCCGUGGGUGAAGCAUGCUAGGCAGAUUGCGCUCCAGCUGGGACUACGGGUCAUGGUGCGAUAUUGUACUAAUGAGUGUUACAUAAGGAAGUGA